AAACACGAAUGCGAUAAGUGAUAACAGGACAGUAAUGUGUACUAAAGUCGUGGAAAACAAUGAAAUUAUGCAAUUAAAUCCGUUAUUAUGAAAUAAAUACCGUUGAUAAUUGAAAAUAAAUGACUAUGAAACCCUCGCCGUUCUGUCUCGAAAACCUAUGAGGUGGCUGUAUGAAAAAAUAUGUACCUGAAUCGAAUCAGUUAAUCAGAAGACUAAGAAACCUACUCGUUAAUUUACCAUUCAUUUACCUACGUUUUACGAAUAAUGAGAUGAUCGCGACGCGCAUAAUUCCUCUUAAAAUUAGGUACAUUAUUUUCCUAGUAAUAUUCUCCUUCGUAACAUGGAAACUUUACGAAUACACUUAUAAGUCGAUGAAGAAUAGUUUGAAAAACAAAAGUGCUUUAAAGGAUAUCAGAGACUCAGUUAAUCGUUCCCGAGUUACCGUAACCGUUUAUUACGAAGCUCUUUGCCCGGAUUCGAGGAGUUUUUUCAUCAGACACCUACUUCCUACGUAUACACGUUUGCCAAAUGUCUUAGAAGUGGAGCUAGUACCAUAUGGAAAAGCCAAUACCCGGCAAAUAGACGAUGAUCAUUUCGAAUUCGAUUGCCAGCACGGUAUCAACGAGUGUUUCGCAAAUAAAAUCCACUCGUGCGCUAUUCACUACAUUCAAGAUCCUGUUUUAUUGCUAAAUUUCGUCACGUGUAUGAUUGAAAAUAACGACGAUCCCGAAGGAAUAGGCAUAGAGUGCUCGCAGAAAUUCGGAGUAUCGUGGAAACCAAUAUUCCAAUGCUCUAGGAGUUCGCAAGGUAACUGGUUAUUGAAGAAACAUGGCGAAGAGACGAACAGUCUCAAUCCAACCAUUUCAUUCGUUCCGACUGUUUUACUCAACAAAAAUCGCCACAAUCAGGCAUCAAUUUUGAAAAACUUGUACGAAGCCAUUUGCUCAAAUUAUCGACUUAUAAUUGGCAAAGAAUGCGUCGAAUAGAUGUUUACCACGAACGAUCAUCAACUUCAGAGACAAUAUACCGUACUCGGUUCUCCUCUGGUGAACUGUAUUCAAUCGUUCCGACGACAUGCCCAUAAUUUCCUUUCAUUUAAGAUUAAUUUACUUCCAAAAAUAUCGAUGCUUUCAUUUUUAACUAUUUUUUUGUAAUUUUUUACACUAUCGAAUCGCAAAUCUACUUAUCCUUUCAAUUGAUCCAAUGAUCCGAUGGUUGAUCCAUCAUUUUUUUGUUUUUAUUUCUUACCUUUUUUUAGUUUCUAAGUUAUUUAUAAACUAAUAAUUUACCUAAGAAUAUUAGUACAUAUUUUCAUAAAUGUGCUGUUUUUACUUAUAUAAGAACAAAUCCACUAAUUUGUUUUCCAUAUUUCUACUUACAAAUUUAAAGAACGCUCAACUCUUAAGAUUUAAAAAAUAUCAAAAUGUUACGAGUGAAAAAAAAAAUCGAAACACGUUUUUCCUAUCCUAAAGAAACAUAAUUAUACAUAAUUCGAACAUUUCUUUUAUAGGCAUAAGGUACACGUGUCUAUUAUUUUAUACGAACUGUGUACCUAUAAGACGUUCGAGAGUCGAACGUGCUACUCCUGCGGUUGAAUUCAGAUCCGAAACGUUGUUGUUUUACGAUUAGUCCGGCGGUAAAUCGAUUAUUAGCGUUUCGAGUGUGAAAUUUAGGCUGCGAAUAAUGGUUAUUCCUAGACUGCUGUAAGUUUCUCUGUUUUGGGUAUAUAAUUAAUUGUAUGUAAUAAUGUAAUCUGUGAUAAUUUUCAUUUUAAUGUUCAAAGUUAUCGUAAAAGACGAUCGGAGUAUCGUUACUUCGAAUUGUUCUGAGAAUAUUGUCGGCGUGAAUUGUAAACGAAUAAAACUAUUUUUGCAGCGAAAA